AUGGGCAUAAAGACACACACAGACAGCGUGCUGGAGAGGCACGCGGCCCAGACACAAGGUAUGCAGAGUAUACUCGCAGAGGACCUUUUUGGCCUCGAGAAAGAUAAGAAAGCCGGCAGCGCCAACGCCGCCGGCGCCAUUGGCUCCUGGGAUGAGUGCCAACUGCCGUUGAACUACUGGUCACUGGCGGCGGCUGCGCCCGCCGCCAGUGACGUGGCUUCCUCCACUGCCGGCUUUGGCGCCGCUGCAAGCAGCGGCGCCCCCAGCGUCACGGCCAGCGCGGGGCUCACGUCCGACAGCUGGUUCGAGUGGCAGCGGUUUGACGACGCCGGGUGGCCGUCGUCCGAGGGCGACGAGGUUUCGUCGCUUUCCAAGCUGGAGAUCUCGCCCGUCGCGUCCAUGGGCGUCGGCGCGACGCUGGAAAACGAGUCCGAGCGCGGAUUCGCCGGAUUUAGCGACGCCGCCUACAAGAAGUCCAUGAUCCUCGACUACUCGGCGUGGCCCGCGACCCAGGCCCAAACGCCGUUCAGCGCCACGGUCGACUCCUGGUACAGUCCUCUGAGCGGGUUCGACGCGCUGCCAGUGCCCGCUGUGGUCUCGUCGGGGCCCGCCCCCGACGGGGUCAGCGGCCAGGUGCUUGCGUCGUUCCCUCCCGCCCGUCCCUCGGCCGGGUCGCGCUCGCGGAGUUACUGCUCGGGCACCGUCACGUCCGAGUCACGUGCGCGCCGCUCCUCCACCGGCAAAGUCGUCAAGAGCUCCCGUUCGCCUUCUGUGUCCGCAGCGGCCACGGCCGCUGUGGCCACGUCCGCUUCUCGGCCCUCGAGCGUCUACAAAUACGUCGCGCAGGCCCAGAUGGCCAUGCAGUCUGACACCGUCAAGGUGGAAAAGGAAAACAUGUACCGGUGGCUCUCGGUGUCCAAGAUGACGCCCGCGCGUCGCGAGCAAAUGCUCAAAAAGAUGCGCGAAAAAUCGCUCUCCGAAGACGUCGCCAGCGACGUGCUCUCUCUGUUCACGCAGCGGUUUCUCGACGUCAAGCUGGAGAUCCUCGCGCAAGAGUUUGACGACAAAUUCCAAUUUCAGCGCACUCCGGCGGAAAACGACGCACUCGACGCCGAAAACCCAGAUGCCCUCGACGAGUUUCUCUGGCUCAACCAACGCAAGAAGCGCAUGCCCGUGCAACUCAAGCAAUUCCCUCGUUUUGUGAUCAAAAACUCUAACAACGAGGACGCUCCCUACCUCGUCGAGGUCAGGACCAGCAGCGGUUACAACGACUACACGUCCACCAGCGCCAACCAAUCGGCCUUAACCCAUCUCGAUUUUAUGUUGCUACGGCUCAGACACCUCACGUUAAUGCGCGAGAGCGACGACCGCAAGCGCAAAAACAAGUACUACGAGUUCAUCGAGGGCAAAAUGAAGCGCCCUCUCAACAGUUUUAUGCUUUACAGAUCCACCAUGAUGAAGUCUAUGGCCAUUCUCAAAGUUUGCAGUAUUGUCUCCAAACUUUGUGCGCUUGUCCAGACAGAGUUCCCUCAAUGGGACGAACGCUUCGCCCUAGAGAAAAUCCUGGCGACUGUUCAACAACGACACAACCUGCCGAGAACAGUAGAAGCAACCCUUACUCCAAAGGAAUACGAUAUUAUCUCACAGAAUAUAGAUACUCAGCUUUAUGAGCUUGAUAUUAACAAUUACAAACUCGUUCCUGUGGAUCCCAAAUUUUCCAACCAGACCGUGGUGGCACAAAUCAUUACUUUAAUGUGGAACACUGAAUCCGAGAGUUGCAAAAAAGCCUUCGUAGAAUUUUCCCAAGUAGAGAAGGAACACCACCACUGGGUAUACCCAAAAUAUAAAUAUUGCCCCAUCAAAAAAUCGCACGCUGGUAAGGUUGAGAACACAGAAGUGAAUGAUGACGCUUCUUACCACUCGAAAUGA